CACUUUUCAUAGAGUGUUUAAGUCAGAUGAGAACGCGUUAACGUCGUUUCUGAGGUUGAAGACACUGAAACACUGGUCUCAGCCUGGCGAUGGGUCUGCUGGAGGACUGUCAGGACCUGUUCGGAUCCUCAGACCUGUAUGAGGUCCUGGGUGUGCCGCGGUCGUCCUCGGAGGCCGAGGUCAGGAGAGGUUACUACAAAACCUCUCUGCAGGUCCAUCCAGACCGGGUGCCCCAAGACCCGCAUUCCACCAGCAAGUUCCAGACUCUGGGGAAAGUGUACGCUGUGCUGAGCGUCGCAGAGCAGCGAGCCGUGUACGACGAGCACGGCAUCGUUGACGAAGAGUCGGACACUGUGAAAGAAGGACGAGACUGGGAUGAAUACUGGAGACUGCUGUUUCCUAUAGUCACCCUGCAGGACAUCGUGAACUUCGAGCAGACGUAUAACGGUUCAGAUGAAGAGCAGCAGGACCUGCUGCGUCUCUACAGAGACUGCAGCGGGGACAUGGACCAGAUCCUGGACUCAGCUCUGUGCUGCGGACCGGACGACGAGCCACGGGUCAGACGCAUCCUGCAGGCAGCCAUCGAUGGCGGCGACCUGCCGGCUCUGAGAGCGUUCACACACAAGAACUGCAGAAAGAAAGCGGCACGAAAACGCAAAGCGGACACUGGGCGUGCUCAGUCUGAGCAGCUGAAGAAGGAGCUCAGCCUGGACGAGGUCAACGACCUGUCGUCAAGGAGGGCAGCGUCUCGUGAGGCCGGCUUCAGUUCUCUGAUCAGCAGCAUGGAGGAGAAAUACUGCAACAACAAACCUGCCAAGAAGAAGAAGAAGUGA